GGAUAGGCUCAAAGACUUACCAGAUGACCCUAAUAAUGAAUUGAUGAUUCCCGAAGACCCUGAAUGUAAGAAGGAAGCUCCUUGUCAGAAACUGGAAGAUCAAAGGGAUUUUUUGAACCAUUGCCUGUGAAGCAAGGGGAAGAAGCACAUUAGUACACCUGUUCCACAUGAUUCAUACUCCGUUCUUUCUGUGAGCAGUUCUGGGAAGUAUGUUGACCAGUUUGAUGAAACAGACCCAAAAGAAUCAAGGCUGAUGUCAACAUUCUUCAACACACUCUUGCAGUCUUGCUUGCAGUGUGCCUUGGUGGUGCUGUCAGCUUAACCUUCAUUGUGUGGAUACAAAUCCAUAAAGGAUGGGAUUGGGGAUUUGGGAUUGGCACCAUUGCUAUGUUACUUGGCAUCAUUAUCUUUGCUGUUGCAUUGCCACUAUACAGAAUUCAUCCUGCUAAAGGAACAAGUGCUUUACUUGAGAUCGUGCAGGUCUAUGUUGCUGCAAUCCGGAAUAGAAGACUUACCAUUCCUGAAGAUCCUGCAGAACUAUAUGCGAUUGAGCAGGACAGGGAAGCUACUUUGGAAACAGAGUUUCUACCUCAUAGAGAUAUUUACAGCCUUAAGUAUGGGCUGAACAUUCUACAGGGCAUUGAAGGUGAAAACAAGAAUUCAAAGAAAUCGCUGAAGGAUUUAGUUACUGAACAUGAAUUUGAGAAAAACUGCUUGAUGUGAAUUCUCCAAGUGAUAUUGGGUCACUUUUGAUGAUAUUAGGGCUUUAGAAAAUGUGAAAGACACCUUGAAGGAGUUGGUCAUGCUUCCUCUACAGACAAUGCUUGCGAAGGAGACAAAAGGAGAAAAGAUUGAAGAUGGGGUUGGGAGUUCCUGCUCUUCCAUUUACCUUUGUGGCUCACCUUCUAGCAAUGGCUGCUAUUGUCAUGGUCUGGCUUUAGAUCAUACACUUCAGGGGUGGCUUUUUUCUCCUACCAUUACAUUGAUGAAGUAGUAGCUGAACUGAUUUGGGACUGGGUUUAGUUUUUAAUACAAUCAUUUAUAUAUAACACAAGAUAAUCAUAUAAUAUUACACAAGUUGAAGUUACUAAUCUAUAUUAAGCCCUUAUAUAUCUUAUAUUUGUGACUAUUAUUAUAUAUAAAUUGUCAAUAUAUAGUUAGUGAAUUACCCCUAACUUACGUAUUCCUUUUUCUUGA